GCAUUUGUCGAUCAGCAUGGAAUCCAACGUGAGGCAGAGAAAGUUCGACUCUAACACAACUAAAGCGAGGGAAUCUCCGGAUGACGACGCAAAGCAAAAUACAGUGGCGUCUCAGGGAUGGGGGGCAUUUGGUGCUGCGUUCAUCCUGGCCAGUGUAAUAUGUGCCGUGCUCAUCCUGGUGAUCCUGCCAUCGCCGAUACAGCCAGUGUCAUACAGUCUUCCGUCUCGCCCUGCCCUGACAGGUGUCUUGACCCCCAAUAACAGGCUGACCGAGGCAGAGCAUCUAUUUGAGAACAAAAUUGAGGGACCCGAGUCGUUGGUGUUUGAUGGAGAUCACCUGUACACAGGGACCAUGGAUGGAACAAUCCUUGACAUAUACAAGGGGCAGAAGAGGGUACUAGCCAGGCUUGGCAGAGAACCGUGUGGAGGUUAUGCAAAUGAGCCGACCUGUGGACGACCUCUUGGCUUGAGAAUGAACAAAGAUGGCUACCUGAUAGUAGCAGAUGCCUACCUGGGACUUUUCCAGGUCAACGUAGCAACAGGUGAUGUCCAUGAGAUGUACUCCUCACAAGAGCCUGUCAAUGGUCAAAGACCUCAGUUUCUGAAUGACCUUGACAUUGGAAGUGACGGAACUAUUUACUUGAGUGACUCCAGCACAAGAUGGGGAAGAAGAGAAAACAGAUACUGUAUCAUGGAAGCUGAGGAAUCAGGAAGAGUGAUGUCUUUUAAUCCCACGACCCGAGAAAUGACAGUUUUGAUGGACGGGCUUGCGUUUGCAAAUGGUGUCCAGUUGUCCUCCGAUGGGGAGUUUCUGCUGGUGUGUGAAACUACAAAGGCGAGGAUUUGGAGAUACUGGCUGAAGGGACCUAAGACAGGCCAGAAGGAAGUUUUCAUGGACAACCUGCCUGGACUUCCUGACAACAUCAGGCGUAACCGCCGGGGGACAUACUGGGUUGGCCUGGCAACAGUCCGCAGGGCAGAUAAGUUCUCCAUGCUGGACUUCACAUGUGACAAACCCUGGCUGAGAAGCCUCAUCACCAAGAUUGUUUCUCAAGAAACCAUCGUCAGUGUUAUCCCCAAGUACGGCCUGUUAUUGGAGGUGGACAAGACAGGGCAGAUCGUACAGAGUCUACAUGAUCCAACAGGAACUGUAGUGCCCUCAGUCAGUGAAGCCGAGGAGAAGGAUGGAGUUAUCUACCUUGGAUCUUACAAUCUCCCAUUUCUGAGCAGACUGCGUUUGAAGAAAACAGGAUAAUGAUUUGAUUUUUUUCUGGAUUUCUUUUUGAAUAGAGUAUAUUUUUUGGCAGUCAUAUUUAUGCCGGCUGUAGACUAUAAUCAUUUUCUAUUUUUCCAUUUGGAUGAAACUUUCCAACAUAUAUAUCAGUCUUUUUUAUGUGUGAGUGAGUCCGUGAGUUUGAUUUGAUGACAUUUUCAGCUGUGGCCAAUGAUAUUAUGGUGUGUUAGCUUGGGAGGAAAGUCUGCAGUGAUGUAAGUCACCACUUCUGUGAAAUGAAGCACGAGUUGGGUGUUGACUAACCUAGAAACAUAGUCAGGUUCAACCAGGAUUCAAACCCUAAAGGGGUGGUGGGGUAGCCUAGUGGUUAAAAAAUUGGCUCGUCACGCCGAAGACCCGGGUUCGAAUCCCCACAUGGGUACAAUGUGUGAAGCCCAUUUCUGGUGUUCCCCGCCGUGAUGUUGCUGGAAUAUUGCUAAAAGCGUUGAAAACCAAACUCAGUCAGUCAGUCAGUCGAACCCUAAAUCAUAGAAGGGUACACUCUGCACAGCAAAUUUCAGUGUCUUUGACAACUGGACCACCUUUACCCACUCAACCUUCUGCUGUACUUGAUGUUUUGGUGAUUGUUUCCUUUUGUGCCAACUUAUUGAUCAUCACAGAAAAGUGUUUUCAAAAGACCAACAGAACAUAUAGUUUUACUACACGACUACAUGUGUAGUGAAUAGUAGGACUCACCAUGUAUGUUCCACUUGUUGCAAUAGUUGAACUUUUGACUUUGAUUUGACCUUUGUACUUUUACCAUUUUUGUUAUUCUAUUAUAAUGUGAUCUAAGCUCUAGUAGCAUUGCCUCCUGUGAAAGUACUAGACUGAGGAAACUGAACUUUGACAUGUAUAAUUCUUUGUGUGAUGACAUCAUAUUUUGUUCAAAUCUGUACUGUUCAGAUGUUAAUAUUCUAUAUUUAUGAAGAACUUUGUUGAAUGUCAGUUUCUGCUGUUGUGUGGUGGCCUUGAAGUUUAAAUAUCAAUGUAGAGUAGCUGUGGCACUAUUUUUGUUAUCAAAUAUAAUGGAUUUACCCCAUCUAGUCAAAA